ACAUACAUAGUUAAACUCUUUUUUUCGAACAAUUUUCUGGCAGUUCCAAAGUCAAGACGUCCAGAGAAAUCGCUUUGAAGCUUCCGCUCCUCUCUCUCAUUGUGUUUCUACUCGACACGUCCAAUCACCUCUCAUAUAUAAAAUUCCUAUCAACCCUCAACUUCUUUCCUAACAUUUUAUCAAUCAAUCCUAAAUCUUCGACCAAACAGAGACACAGGCAGGAGGGGUAGCAGAACCAAACGCAAAAAAACAGACCAACCCACUCUCUCUCUCUCUCUCUCUCUCUCUCUCUCUCUCUCUCUCUCAUCAACGUCACAAUCUUCAUGCUGAUGCUAUGCAUUCACCUCUCUUGUCUAUAAAAUCUCACUUGGUCGCUGUUAUUGUUGUAUGAAACUAUCAACCCUUCUAUUUCUUCACUCAGAUCCCUCUUCUUCACCUUCGCACUUCACUCUGUUCACCAUAUAUAUAACCCUCUGAAGCCCCUCCACUGAAAACCCACCUCAGAAAACCCCAUAGUUUCAAACCCAUGUGCCUAUUUCGCAGACCCAUCAUGAGCUCUGGGCCCAUUGUCAAUGGCGGAGUUCAGAUCCACCAGAGCCGUAGAUUACCAGACUUCUUACAAAGCGUGAACAUGAAGUACGUAAAAUUGGGUUACCAUUACUUGAUAACCCACCUUUUGACUCUCUGCUCAGUUCCUCUAAUGGCGGUCGUUGUCAUUCAAGCCUCUCAGAUGAACCCAGAUGACAUUCACCAACUCUGGCUCCAGCUCCAGUACAAUCUGGUCAGUGUCAUUAUUUGCUCUGCUGUAAUUGUUUUUGGAUCCACCGUUUACAUUAUGACCCGCCCGAGAUCCGUUUACCUUGUGGACUAUUCGUGUUACAAGCCGCCUUCGCAUUUGCAAGCGAGAUUUGAGGAGUUCAUGGAGCAUUCAAAGCUCACUGGGGACUUUGACGAGUCUUCACUUGAGUUCCAGCGCAAGAUUCUUGAGCGCUCUGGCCUCGGGGAGGAGACUUGUGUCCCUGAAGCAAUGCAUUACAUUCCGCCUAGGCCGUCCAUGGCGGCAGCUCGCGAGGAGGCAGAGCAGGUGAUUUUUGGUGCUUUGGAUAAUCUGUUUGCUAAUACAAAUGUUAAGCCUAAGGACAUUGGUAUUCUUGUUGUGAAUUGUAGUUUGUUUAAUCCAACCCCUUCACUGUCUGCUAUGAUUGUUAACAAGUACAAAUUGAGGGGGAAUAUUAGGAGUUUUAAUUUGGGGGGUAUGGGGUGUAGUGCUGGAGUUAUAGCUGUUGAUCUUGCUAAGGAAAUGUUGCAAGUUCAUGGGAACACUUAUGCGGUGGUUGUUAGCACUGAGAAUAUUACUCAGAAUUGGUACUUUGGGAACAAGAAAUCCAUGUUGAUACCAAACUGUUUGUUCCGUGUUGGUGGGGCGGCGGUUUUGCUUUCGAACAAGUCGUUGGAUAGGCGUCGGGCAAAGUAUAAGCUUCUGCAUGUUGUGAGGACUCAUCGCGGGGCUGAUGAUAGGGCAUUUAGAUGUGUUUAUCAAGAGCAGGAUGAUGCUGGGAAAACUGGGGUUUCAUUGUCGAAGGAUCUCAUGGCAAUUGCUGGUGGAGCUCUUAAGACUAACAUCACAACAUUGGGUCCCCUUGUACUGCCUCUAAGUGAGCAGCUUCUCUUCUUUGCUACUUUGGUUGCAAAGAAGUUGUUCAAUGCGAAAGUCAAGCCUUAUAUCCCGGAUUUCAAGCUUGCUUUUGAUCAUUUUUGCAUACAUGCUGGUGGGAGGGCUGUGAUUGAUGAGCUUGAGAAGAACUUGCAGCUUCUACCAGUUCAUGUCGAGGCAUCUCGGAUGACACUCCACAGGUUUGGUAACACCUCGUCGAGUUCGAUUUGGUAUGAGUUGGCUUAUACUGAGGCAAAGGGGAGGAUGCAGAAGGGGAACCGUGUCUGGCAGAUUGCUUUUGGUAGUGGUUUCAAGUGUAACAGUGCAGUCUGGGAGGCUCUUCAGAAUGUAAAACCUUCUCUUCAUAGUCCAUGGGAAGAUUGCAUUGACAGGUACCCUGUGGAGAUUCUUGUCUAGCAGAACUCAGCCAGGAUUUGUUCAGAGACUCAAUUUAAAGGAAGGAAACAUUGAUGGUUUGGUCAACUUAUCUUGUUAUUUUUACUGCCCCCUUUAUCAAUAGUUUUCCUUUUUUCUAAUUCUUGAUUUAUUGGGCAUGUUAUGUGUUAUUUGGUCAUUGAAGUCAUGAGAUCCCUCAUUCGUGUAGCUCUUGCGCGUUGAUGUUUAGAUAAUUUGUUUUGCCAAAUGCUGUUGUACUGUGAUUACUAUGGUUUCCUGCAGAGCUUUGGAGAGCAAUGGAAAAGCUAAAUGUAUACGGAUAUCAUUUCUUUGAAAGAAUUUCAAUGUAUAAGUUCCAUUGUAAAAAAUAUUAGCAUUGAGAUAAUUAAGAGUCAUUAUCUUA